AUGCGGCCAAGCUGCCCAGGAAAGGAGGGAAAGCAACUGGAAACUGCUCACUCCUGCACAAACACCACUCCAGAUCCAAGUUGUAACAGAGCUGAAUAUUUUCUAGGUUACCUAACCAAACUUCUGCAAAAUCAUACUGCCUAUGCCUGCGAUGGGGAACAUUUGAGUCUGCACUGUCCUCGGCAUUCAACAAUAAGUGUUCAGUCAGCAUUUUACGGGCAAGACUACCACAUGUGUAGCACUCAGGAGCCUGAAACCAGGAUGACAGAACCCAUAAACUGUGUGGCACCCACCUCUUUGCAGAAAGUACUGGAUGAAUGCCAAAACCUGAGAUCCUGCCAACUCCUUGUCAAUAGUCGGGUUUUUGGACCUGAUCUGUGUCCAGGGACCACUAAAUUCCUCCUUGUCUCCUUUAAAUGCAAACCUACUGAAUACAAAACCAAAUCAGCAUGUGAAAACCAGGAACUGAAACUCCACUGUCAGGAGUCCAAGUUCCUUAUCAUCUACUCUGCCACCUAUGGCAGAUGGGCACACCAGGCGAACGUCUGCUCGACAGAAGUGGAGCGCGUCCCCCCCUUUGACUGUUUGUCUUACACGGCACUAGAAGUUUUAUCAAAAAGAUGUUAUGGGAAACAGAGAUGCAAAAUUAUUGUCACUAGCCAGAAGUUUGGAAGUCCGUGCCUACCUGGAGUGACAAAAUACCUUAACGUCAGCUAUGCAUGUGUUCCUAAAUUUAUCCUCGCGGCUGUCAACCCCCUGGUCACCGAUAGCAAGUCUUCAGUCAAACAGAACGAUGGUGUCGACCUUGAUCCAAAGGAAUCAAGACUUCCAAAGAAAGAUGGCAUUAUUGUUAGCAACUCCUUGGCUACAUUUGCGUACAUUAGAGAUCACCCUGAAAGAGCCGCUCUCCUGUUCAUGUCCAGCGUUUGCGUGGGACUCAUCUUCACGCUCUGUGCUUUGGUGGCCCGCGGGUCAUGCUCGAGUGACUUCCAGAAGUUGCACAGAAAGAAGGAGCACUUAGUGCCAGACAAGGACAGAGUGUACGAGAGCAGUGAAAAGGAUGACGAGGUGGAGGAGGAGGAGGAAGAUUCCUCUGAUUCGGAUGUCCAGGAUGAGAUAGUGGGACUUUACAGACCUUCUUACUCAGGUUAUAAUUCAACAGAGGCAGCAGAACUGGCCGAAAGGAUAGAGCGCAGGGAGCAGAUCAUACGCGAAAUUUGGCUGAACAGUGGUCUGGAUAUGACACCUCCUAGAAAUAUGAAUACGUUUUAUAUUAAUGAACAAUAA